UUUUUUCUUCUAAUGGUUCGAAGCAUUCUGGAAAACUUUUCAGCUAACCCGGCUCAAAAGCUGUAACUUUUUUAUUCUCUCUUUCUGCAUUCUGGGUCAUUGUUUCCGUGUUAUGUCGAAUUUUGACUGUCGUUUGGAAAUUUUAGACUACCUUCUUUUUUGAAAAAAAGGCUUUUCUAGUACUUGGUUAUUGGUCAAAGAAUAUAUCUUUGGGCCAUAUUAUGAUGAUUGCAUUUCUAAGAAUGUUCCAGACCGGUGUUAGACCAUAGGAUAAUAAUAAGUUUUGCAGAUUCCUCUUAUAGAAUAUUGUAAUUCUGUUGUUGCAUUUUAGGUAGCAAUUUUGAAGUAUAAAGUAGUAACUUGUCUUCUUGAAAUGAUGUAGAAUGUGUGACUUAAAGCUGAGUAACACUGGGCCCAAAUGGCAGGGACUCCAAUUAUAUGCUGUCUGAUUUGUGGAAAAUGGACCUUUAAGAGGGCUCAGUAAUGACUAUAUUGACACCAGAAUUUUUGUUAGUAAUGGCUCUAUCGUCAACCUUUGGCUUGUAGAAGUGUGGAGUCAGAUUAGAGGCAAAACUUCAUGUAUAUCAUGACCGUUCAAUGUGCAUUAGCACACACAAUCCACACAUAUCUUGAAAGAAAGAUCACUCGAUAUCAAAACAAGAGAAUGAAAAUUUUGGAUUUGUUUCUUUGCUUAUGUUGAAGAAAACUGGUGAGGAUGAUUGAACACGGUCGAAGAGGAAGAAAGAACGAAAAGGACCUGAUCAUUGUAGAUUGAAAACACAAGGGAACAAAAAUUUUUACAAAAGUGCCUGCUGCUUCCUCUUUUUUUCUUUUUUUUCCUUUUUUUUGAGGAGAAGGGAGGCUUGGCCACCCGAACAAAGUGCCUACUGCUCUUAUUCUUUAUCAGAUGUCUCUCGAUAAAAAGGGCUUCGGAAUUCCGAAGGGAAUAUGAUGGUGCCUGUAUUCAAAUGCGAAUGUCAUAUAGUCCAGCUGCACACUUAUUUCUUUUCCUAGUGCAGUGGACAGACUGUAGCCUUGCAGGGGCUCUCGGUUUGCUGAGAAUUCUAAUAUAUAAGGUUUAUGUAGAUGGAACAACAACCAUGUCAACCCAUGAAAGGAAAGCAAGUAUCAGGGAAUUCUAUGCUGUGAUUUUUCCCUCUCUGAUGCAACUGCAUAAAGGGAUCACUGAUAUGGAAGAUAAAAAGCAAAAAGCUAUUUGUAUGGAGAAGUACAGGAGAAGAGAUGAAGAUGACAGGAGGCAAUUCUCAGAGAUAGAUGUUGAAAGAGAGGAAGAAUGUGGGAUCUGCUUGGAGACAAACAGCAAGGUUGUGUUGCCCAACUGCACUCAUGCUUUAUGCAUGAAAUGCUUCCGUGAAUG